AAAAAUAAAAGAACAAUCUGCCGAAAUUCUCCUCCGAUUUCUCACUAGAAACCGGAAGAGUGGAGACUGGAGCGGAUAUUUCACACUUCGUUCUUGGCUGCAACCUUUUCCGGCGACUUUUCCCUCGAGCUUCAGCGCCAUUGCCAUUAAAGUGAAGCUCAGCGGUUCCCUGCUUCAUUGCCAGAGUCUCUCUGUCUCUCUCUGUGAAGUACAUUUCUUUUCUUUUUUUCUCCCCACCUUUCUUGGCUUUUCUUCACACCCGAGUACUGUAAGACCUCACGAGUGCUCUCUUUGUCCUUUUUAAAACAUUUUCGUUGGAAUCUGUGCUUUUACUAUACAGUAAUUGAUUCAAAAAUGAAAUGCGCUUGCAGUAAUGGUUCUUCGACCUAGGGUUUUGUUUUCAUCCAUGGCUCCCCAGGGUUUCGUGCUUCGUGUACUGUGCCGCUCUUUUGGAUAACGUUUCAAGUCUGGUUUCUAACCGCUCUUCGUUCAAAGAUAAGGUGUUUUAUUUUUCCUUCUUUUCCCUCCCUGUAACUUGCUUCCGGUUUGAUGUUUUAGGUUUCUUUAUCUAAAACUGUUUACUUUCCUAAAAACACGUCUCUGUCAAUGUCUUAAAGCUCUAGUUUCUGUUGAGAAUCCAUCAGUGCAUGAGCGGUUAAGCUAUUUGGUUCUCAGUUUUCUUUGGUGUUUGAUUUUUCUUUUGUGCUCUUUAUUUACUCUCUUGUCUAUCCGAGUAUGCUCUAUCUUUACAGCCUAUUCGUCUGAAAAAUCUCUUUCUACAUUCUCUCCUUUGAAGGUUUGAAAGCGAUCUGCGUUGGCCAAAUGCGUCUACAAUUGGCGUAAAUUGGGUCCCAUUUGAUAAGAAAAAGUCUCAAUUCAACAUCUGCUUUGUUUCUCUGACCUCAAAAAAAAUCAUUUUCCUUCCUUGGAUGAUUUUCAAUUGUUUAGGUGUAAAUGUUUCAUUAUUUAUCUGUUAUCUGUCAAUUCUGGAAAGUAAAACUUAUCUAAUUUCAUGUUGAUUCUUCAACGGGCCCCGAAAUGAGUUGGAAUAUUUCUAAUCAACUGUGCCCUUCACCAUCCACUUCUUCAAUUUAUCAUUGGAUUUUGACUCUCUUUGCAGGGUAUAACCUCUCAUCUUAGUCAUGGUCUAAAUGGCUGUUAGGUUGCCUUCUUGAAUUGUUUAUGUUUGAACGCGCCUGAUAAGCCACGAGACCUGCAAAUCAUUCAACUGUAGCUACCUCGGAAUUGCUAUAAGCUUCAAGUUCUUUGGUCUGCCCAAUUCGUCUGCAGAGGUUUUACAUGUUUUCGUUGCCUGCAUAUCCAAGCCUCUUAAGAGAUGCUUGGACAGACUGUCCAUCUCCUUGAGAUGCCUGUCCUCGUCUGCAUCUUUCUUGGAUUCUGGGUUUUCUCUGUUGUAGCUUCACAGAUUCCUCUAGGUUCCAAGCUCUUUGCUGCAGGAAAUGAUUACUGGGUGUCCCCAAAUGGAGAUUUUGCAUUUGGGUUCUUCAACCACUCUGACCAGCCUAACCUGUACAGCGCUGGUAUCCGGUUCAACUCAAACUCUAUUCCCAUCAACAAGCGAACCAUGGUUUGGGUUGCAGGAGGCGAUGUUUCUGUAGGAUGUCAUUCCUACCUCCAGCUUACACAUACCGGAGAUCUUGUUCUUUUUGAUUCCUCAAAGGGAAUCACUGUCUGGACCAGUAAUACCAGCCAUUUCUCUGUUUCUUCAGCAUUCCUUCUUGACAAUGGAAAUCUCAUCCUCCAGAAUGGAGAUCAAUAUGUUAUCUGGCAAAGUUUUGGGACUCCAUCGGAUACACUUAUCCCAGGCCAGAAUCUAUAUGUUGGUCAAACGCUCCGAGCUGCCAGCAGAAACUCGGUGUCAAGUUAUUACAGUCUCUCCAUGGAUGUCUCAGGCGAGUUGAAACUGAAAUGGGAAAGCAAUGUCAAUUACUGGACUGGUGGGAGUCCUUUUGUUUCAGCUAUUCAAGCCACCCUCACCUCUGGUGGAGCCCUGCAACUUCUUGACAGAAAAUCCAGACCAGUGUGGUCACUGUUUGGAGAAGAUCACAACGAUUCCUCGGUGAGUUUUCGAUUUCUGAGACUAGAUAUAGAUGGAAAUCUACGGAUGUAUUCAUGGAUUGAAGCAUCAGGGUCAUGGCGGUCGGUAUGGCAAGCUGUCCAGAAUCAUUGUGAUGUCUUUGCCACCUGUGGUCUGUAUGGUGUCUGUGUUUUCACAGCAGCAGGGAUCACUGACUGCAAAUGCCCUUUUGGCUCAGGGGCUGAUUUCAAUUCAAAAUGUUUGGCACCAUAUAAACAGAAGUGUGAAUCUGGUACCACCAUGCUCAUGCUUGAGCACACCUUCCUAUAUGGUAUCUACCCCCCAAAUGAUACAGUCACCAAAACCAGUUUAGAACAAUGUAGAAACUCAUGCUUGGAGAAUCCCCAAUGCACAUCUGUGACCAUUGUAAAUGAUGGUACCGCACGAUGCCUUGUAAAGCAAACCCGAUAUAUUACUGGUUAUGUUCAUCCCUCAGUAAUGUCAAUAUCCUUUGUCAAAGUGUGUUUAGAUCCAGUUGCUGUCCUGCCCAAGCAUCUUCCUGCAACCCUGCCAUCUUCACCACCAUCUCUGCUCAGAAGAUCACACAGGCUCUGCAUUCCAUGUUUAGUUGGGGCAGCCAUGGGAACACUUACUGCAUUCAUUAUAAUUCAAUUUGGCAUUGUCUUGUGUAUCCACAAAAGGAGAAAAUCCAUCAAGAAAACCACAACUUUAGCUUACAUGUAUCCUGAUUCAAGAGGUUUGAUAAUUUUAUCCUACACAGAAAUCAAAGAUCUGACUGGGAACUUCCAGCACCGGCUUGGGGCAAAGAUGUUCAAGGGUGUGCUUCCAAACAACCAAUCGGUUGCAAUCAAGGACUUGAAAGCAGCUGUAUCAGAGAAGCAGUUUAGGCGUGCUGUGUCAGUUAUAAGCAGCAUUCACCAUAAAAACCUAGUGAAGUUGGAGGGGUAUUGUUGUGAGUCUGGCCAAAAAUUUUUGGUCUAUGAGUUUGCAAAGAAUGGCUCAGUGGAUAAGUGGAUGGAGGAAGCUAGUCUCAACAAGAGCCUGACUUGGAAGAAGAGAAUGGAAAUAUGUAUUGGUGUGGCAAGAGCCAUGUCUUACUUGCAUACAGGGUGUAGGGAGUUUGUGAGCCAUGGGAAUUUGAAAUGGACAAAUGUGGUUCUGGAUGUUGACUUGGAGGCUAAGGUGACUGAAUUUGGGUUAAGAAUGCUUUGUAAUGGGGUCUCCUCUGGUAGUGGAGCUGCAGAAGAUGUAGCAAGUUUUGGAGAGAUGGUGGUUAUAUUGGUAAGUGGGCGCCGGGGAGUUGAAGAUGUUUCUGGAUGGGCAUACAAGGAAUGGGCAGAGGGACGGGCAAAGACUGUUGUGGAUGCUAGAAUUGAAGAUGUGGUAGAUCCAGAAGAGGUUGAGCGUGCGUUGAGAAUUGCAUUUUGGUGCGUUCAAGUUGAUGAACGGUUAAGGCCUUCAAUGGGGGAAGUAGCAAGGGUGUUAGAAGGUACUUUAACUGUUGAUCCACCACCGCCUCCCUUUUUUUGCCAGAGGCUACCUGAGGAAGAACUGUUAGAAUCAGAUCCAGAACCAUAGGACCUGAGAAAAUUAUAGGCUAACCAUUGAAAGACUGAAAAUUUUCGGUGCUUGAGAUGUACCUGCAAGGCAUGGGGCAAUGGUUUGGCUUGCUGGUCAAUGUCAAUUGGGUACAAGCAAAACUUUUCAAGGACAUAGUGCCUUGCUGCCUAACAGUUGAGUUUCUGCUUCUUUUGAAGAGGCUAUUUAUUGUUACACGCAAUAUUGACUGUAGUACUGUACUAUGAUGUCUUUCAUUCAAGCACCUCCUAACUUUACUGUAAUUGGCAUUUUUCACUGUAUACUGGACAGCUUAAGACAAGAUCAGUAUUCAGUAUUGCCUCAUGGCCUUAACCAUGUGAGAUCUAAUAAAUUGACAAUUAGAUUUCUGUUCUUGA